GCUCAAUCUAUUUUUAUAGGAGAAAAGGGUAAUACUGCAUCAGGAAUACCAUUGCACUAUAAAGGAUCUAUAUUUCAUCGUGUGAUUAAGGUUGGGGGUGAUUUCACCAAAGGAAAUGGUACUGGAGGUGAAAGCAUUUAUGGUGAAAAAUUCGAAGAUGAGGCUUUUGAAUAUAAGCAUGAUCAACCUUUUCUCUUGUCGAUGGCGAAUGCCGGUCCUAACACCAAUGGAUCCCAAUUUUUUAUCACUACAAAUAAAGCUGAACAUUUGGACGGAAAACAUGUGGUUUUUGGUAAAGUGAUCAAAGGCAAAUCUAUCGUUCGUGCCAUUGAAGCUGUUAAUACUGCAGGCGAGAGUCCGGUAAAAACCAUCAAGAUUGCUGAUUGCGGAGAAUUAAAGGAAGGUGAAGAUGACGGCAUACCGCAACUAAUGGACGGAGAUGAGUACGAAGAUUGGCCUGAACAAAACGAUCUGCUUCAAAUCGCAAAGAAAGUAAAAGAUAUCG